AUGACUGAAUACAAGCUUGUUGUUGUUGGUGGUGGUGGUGUCGGUAAAUCUGCUCUUACAAUCCAAUUAAUUCAAGGCCAUUUCCUUGAAGAAUACGACCCAACUAUUGAAGACAGCUAUCGUAAGCAAGUUACUGUUGAUACUGAAACUUGUUUCUUGGAUAUUCUCGAUACUGCUGGUCAAGAAGAAUAUGCUGCUCUCAGAGACCAAUACAUGAGAUCUGGGCAAGGAUUUUUGCUCGUUUUCAGCAUUGUAGAAAAGAGAUCCUUAGAAGAAUUGAACACUUUCAGAGAUCAAAUUUUGAGAGUUAAGGAUAAGGAUAGAGUUCCAAUGUGUAUGAUAGGUAACAAGUGCGAUUUGGAAAGCGAAAGACAAGUAUCAACUGCUGAAGGAAAGAAUAAGGCUGAUGAAUGGGGCAUUCCUUUCUUUGAAGGUUCUGCCAAGACUAGAACUAAUGUUGAAAACUCCUUCUUUGAAUUGGUCAGAGAAAUUAGAAAGGAAAAGGGUAGCAAGACUGCUGAAGCCACAAACAAAACAAAGAAGGCUCCUUCAGAAAAGAAGAAGAAGGGUUGCUUAAUUUUGUAA